ACUCUCAUACCAGCUUAAUCAAGCCCUUACUAGCUAGAAAGAUGGCAGACAGCAGCUCUAAUCAAACCAUUCCUGAGGGUUGGGUUCUAAAAACCGGUAAAGAAAAAAGGGGGACUGAAUACAAGUACUACUUUUGCCCGGUGACCGGCCAACACUUCUACACCUAUGAAGAUCUGAUGCGAUACGUGACUUAUGCCAAGGCCAGCAAGCUCUCAAUCUAUGCAGAUGAUCCUGAGGUUGAGGAGAAGAACAAGAGGAACAACAAACGCAAGGUGUCAGCGAGGAGACGAGGCGAGAGCUCUAAUUCUUCCAACAAGAAAUAAGAAUGUACCGAAAAUCCAAGGCUGGUUGGCUGUGUUCUGUGUUGUUUAGGUGUCAAGUUUCCAGUUUCUCUUUCUCUCCUUAUGUGUGCUUUGUUGUUUAAGUGUCAAGUUUCUGUUGGGGCAGUGGCGGGGGGGAAUGGUUUCUCUCCUUAUGUGUUUUUAUGGUUGUUGGGUUUGUGUGUUUGUGUUUGUGUUUCUUCAAGUGUUAAGCAUGGGAUGUCAUCCAUGUUUUGGGACCGUGUUGUGGUUAUUGCAAUAGCCUUGGUGUGUUCUGCAAUUAAUAAAAGUUUGUUGUUAUC